CCUACAAAGCCUCCUGUCAUGCCGUGGCCAAAUAGACAAGUUGGAGAUUUUUUUUUUUCCCUGUGACAUGUGCUUUAGCUGCAGUGGAAAGGAAAUGUGUCAUCUGUGGUUAGUGGAAAGCUAGCUGUACAUAUCCUUUUUUUCAAACUGCAGAUUUAGGUUCAGAUUCUUCAAGUCUAUUCUGCUUUAAAUUAUCUGGAAGCUGUGCUUCAAGAAAAGAAAAGAAGUGGCUUAUUAAAAUCAGGUUAUAAGAUUUUGACCAAGCAUUUUGUAAGAUUACCAGUACACUCACAGACAUGGAACACAUGGGACAUUACCUGCAUCUUGCCUUUCUGAUGACAACAGCUUUUUCUUUGUCUCCUGGAACAAAAGCAAACUAUACCCAUCUGUGGGAUAACAAUACUACUGUCUUGGAUCCAGAUAUUCACAACAAGAUGGACAGAAGCCAAAAUGAAAACUUUAACACAAACCCUAAAACUCCUGAAGCAGAUAAAAAAGAUAAUUCUACAAACAUGCCUGAAACAGCAACAUCAUCUCACAUUGCAUUUUUAACUCCUAAAUCUGAACUGGAGCUUUAUGUAUCUUCUAUUGUCAGGAACAGUCCUCCAACAGUACAGAGCAUUGAAAACACAAGCAAAAGUCACAGUGAAAUUUUCAAAAAGGGUGUCUGUGAGGACGACAACAACAAGAUGGCCAUGCUAGUCUGCUUAAUCAUAAUUGCUGUGCUCUUUCUUAUCUGCACCAUUCUAUGUCUAUCAACCGUGGUUCUGGCAAACAAAGUUUCAUCUCUCAGACGAUCAAAACAAGUAGGCAAGCGUCAGCCUAGGAGCAAUGGUGAUUUUCUGGCAAGCAGUGGUCUCUGGCCUGCUGAAUCAGACACUUGGAAAAGAGCAAAACAGCUCACAGUGCCCAACCUAAUGAUGCAAUCUACUGGAGUGCUCACAGCUACGAGGGAAAGAAAAGAUGAAGAAGGAACUGAAAAACUCACUAACUAAUAGAUGCUUUAGUGAAGAAAAAUGCAAAGUAGCAAUGAGAAAGUUUCUGGGGUAAAAUUGAAGUCAGUUUGACAUUUAAUGCCAAGGUGUUAGUUUGAAGGUCUAAAGUUUGCCAUGGCUGGCCUUGCUUAGAAUCAAGCAAGUGAGAAGGGAAGAAGUAUGCCUGCUUACUUAAUCAUUUAAACGGUGUCUGACACUGUUUUAGAAAGCAAAUAAUAAAACAACAAAGCAUUCAAGGAAGGUUCUAAAGACACGUUGAAGGAACUGAGUUAGAAAGAGACAAUUUAUGAGUUUUUCUUGUUCAGCAAUAGUAGCUACAUGAUCUUUGUCCAAAUGUAAGUAACUUUGAAGAGUUUCAGUGUGUCACUUGAGGCUAUUACAUGCUUUAACAUCUAACAGAAGUCACAUUCCUAACGCAUAGAGUUGAACUGUAUAGUUAGAUGGUACUUUCUUUGCUGAAUGUGACAGAAUCCAUACCAGUUCAUCUAUAAGCAGGGCUAAUGUUAUGCCAGAUGCUUUUAUCUUUACAUGUGGUGUACAUAAGAAAGUAAUUUUCUACUAUAUUUAAUUAAAACUUUAAAUUUUGUAUAAUAAAUUAAGAUGAUAGAAUAAAAGUGACUAUGUAUAUUUGCAUUCACUUGAUUAUUUUAGAGAAUACACAGCAAAGAUCAAUAAGAAACAGAGUACAACUGAAAUAGAUGAGAUUUAUAGCCUCAACAGAAUGCUAAGUGUAAAUGUAAAACAUAUCUUACUGUUUAACUGUAAUGUAACUCUAUAAAUAUUGCUUAUGGGAUUUUUUUAUAUCAAAUAUUCAAAGGCUGAUUAGUUUUUGGACUUUGAGAGUGCCAAGUAACCUAAUAAACCAAUUUUAUUUUUUUACUA